GAAGAAAAGAAAAGAAAAAGGUCGACACACAGCUGGCUGGCGUUUCCUUUCCUUGCUCUCUCCAUUUGGUUCUUCUGGGUACCACCUACUGCCACCCUCACCAGCUGCCACCUUUUGGUUCACAACACUGCCAAUCAACACACUUUUAUAUGGCAAGCCCCUCCCACCCUUACCUCGCCUGACUUCAACUUGUGCCUCUCCUCCUAUCUCCCAUUCAAGGCCGUCUGCUCUGGGCCCCUUGAGUGUUUGAUCGCCGAGAAAGCAAAGAGAAAUAUUAGAUCAAUGGGGCUUAGUGCAAUGUUUGUGGCUUGCAGUUUUCUAGCCAUAUUGAUUUCUUCUCCAACAAAUGCACAAACUGCCCCAUCACCACUUCUUCCUCCAUCUCCAGCACCUGCCCCUGCCCCACACUUUGUAAACCUUGCCGACCUGCUCUCUGUUGCCGGCCCUUUCCAUACCUUCCUCAACUAUCUCGAACAAACUCAAGUCAUCCAAACCUUCCAAAACCAAGCUAACAACACCAAACAAGGCAUCACCAUCUUUGUCCCAAAGGACUCAGCCUUCUCUUUGCUUAAAAAGACUACAUUCUCCAACCUCACCCGAGACCAACUCAAGACCCUCCUCCUCUACCAUGCCUUCCCCAAGUACUACUCCCUGUCAGAUUUCCAAAACCUUAGUGCUUCGAACCCUGCUACAUUUGCCGGUGGAUCAUAUACUCUGAACCUCACCGACAACUCGGGGCGUAUUCAUGUCGCUUCUACCUGGUCGAACCCAGAGAUAACUAGCAGUGUGUACUCAACCGCGCCUGUCGCAGUUUAUCAGAUCAACAAGGUUCUACUUCCAAUGGCAAUCUUCAGCACUGAGCCAGCUCUAGCACCUGCCCUGGCCCCGGCUCCAGAGACUACAAAGCCAUCAGAUUUAGCUCCGUCGAGCGGGCGGGGAAUUGCGUCUGCUCCCAAAUCGUCUGAGUCGUCAACCACUGAGAGUUCUGCUUCCAGCAUUAGCAUUGGCCUCUUCAGUUCCUUGGUUAUGGCAGUUUCCAGUGGCUUCAUGCUUAUUUUGUGAGAAGGAUCCUGAUACACAAGUGCCUUGAGUUAUAGCAGCACAGGACAUUCAGUGCUCUGUCUGUGGCCUCUAUUUUCUUUCAUGUUCAUUCUUUUCUAUAGAGUAGUGUUAUGUUGUUGAAAUGGGAUUUCAUAUAUGUAAUAUGCUGAAGUUACUAUUGUUUCAUUUUAUUUUUUGUGUUUAUGUAAUGAUAUGGAAGAGAUUUUCUUAAUUGCCUCUGAUUUGGGACUUGUGUC